UGAGGACUGCUACCAGCAGGAGACAGUGCAGCCUGACCAUGGUAUCUCUGAAGAACGUGCUCCACAGACCAAGAAACACAGUGUACGUGGAGAUAACAGAUCAACAAGUACCUGUGUUGUCAUGAGAGAAAACAAGCAAGGAAAUCCGUAAGUUAUGAUUAACAGUUACAAUCUCUAGUGUGUACUCUUGCACACUCAUGUCCUUCUCCCCUAGACUUGGAGCUUUACUGGAUGACCUGUGUCGGCUUAUCCUGACCUGGUCUACUGAACACUAGCCCUCCCAUCUCGUGACUCAUCACUAUAACCUUGUCAAGACUCAGCUUUUUGGUUCAGACAUCAGAUUACUUGUGAUUUGGAGCUUCAACUUUAGCCUGAUUCAGGGCUUCUGAGAAGGCUGAGCCCCAGUGCGCUCUCUCUCCAACUUUCUGCAUCAUGCCCCGCAAACUGCAGAGAAUUUUACCAGCACUGUGGCUUCUCGGAGUCUUGUCUUCAAUGUGGUGUCCACCUGUCCUGUGUGGUGAGUACAAAGGUUGCCCUUUGCCUCCUAGAAUUGCCCACGGACAUCAUAAACGCAUCAAUACAUACAGUAUUUUCAAACCCGAGGUUGCAUACGAAUGUGAUGAAGGGUACAGUCUGGUUGGACAAGCAAGACUCACCUGCGGUUAUUCACACUGGUCACCUGAAGCUCCCCAAUGCAAAGCUCUUUGUCUGAAGCCAAAGAUAAAAAACGGAAAGCUGUCUGUGAAUAAGCCUUGGUAUACUGAAUCUGAGAACGUCACCAUCUUUUGUGACUCUGGCUUUGGCCUAGUGGGUUCCCAAAGUAUCACUUGCUCUCAAAAUAGAACCUGGUCCCCAGAGGUGCCCAAGUGUGACUGGGAGGUCCCCAAAGGCUGCGAGCAAGUGGUCGCAGGCAGGAAGCUCAUGCAGUGCCUGCCGAGCGUGGAGGAGGUGAAAUUAGCCCUGGAGGUAUACAAGCUGUCCCUGGAGAAUGAACUACUGGAACUACAGAGGGACAAGUCCAAAAAAUCCAUGCAAGUGUAAUCACUGCAACUCUUCCCUAAAAAGAGAGGAAAACAUGUAGGUGCCUUUGAUUCAAGGUGGAUCGCUUGAGUCCAGUCUCUUUGGCACUGAUAUUCAUGAUAGUAAAUAUUCAUGUUUCCAAA